GUUGAAGCCCCUCAUCUGCCUUCAGUCUGAAGGCAGGGCCCCGGAGAGGACGGAUCGGAGGGUCCCGGCUGGCGGGGCCAACCGAGAGGGAGAGGAGGGGGCGAGAGACAGGAAGGAAGCAAACCAUCAAAUUUAAAAGAAAAAGCCCUUUGACUUUUUCCCCCUGUCCCUCUCCAAUGGCUGUGUAGCAAACACCCCCGACGAUACCUUGGAAGGGAAGAAGUUGGUCUGCAAUCGCAAUUUCGUGGGUUGAUUUCACAGUUGUGAGUGCGGGGCUCGGAGAUGGAGCGGUGGUCCUCUAGGUGGAAAACGAAACGGUGGCUCUGGGAUUUCACCAUAACAACCCUCGCACUGACUUUCCUCUUCCAGGCUAGAGAGGUCAGAGGAGCUGCUCCAGUUGAUGUACUAAAAGCUCUAGAUUUUCACAAUUCUCCAGAGGGAAUAACAAAAACAACGGGCUUUUGCACAAACAGAAAGAAUUCACAAGGUUCAGAUACUGCUUACAGAGUUUCAAAGCAAGCACAACUCAGUGCCCCAACAAAACAGUUAUUUUCAGGAGGAACUUUUCCAGAAGAUUUUUCAAUAUUAUUUACAGUAAAACCCAAAAAAGGAGUUCAGUCUUUCCUUUUAUCUAUAUAUAAUGAGCACGGUAUUCAGCAAGUCGGUGUUGAGGUUGGGAGAUCGCCUGUUUUCCUGUUUGAAGACCACACUGGAAAACCCGCCCCAGAAGACUAUCCCCUCUUCAGAACUGUUAACAUUGCUGAUGGGCAGUGGCAUCGGGUAGCAAUCAGCGUGGAAAAGAAAACUGUGACAAUGAUAGUUGAUUGUAAGAAGAAAACCACAAAACCACUUGAGAGAAGUGAGAGAUCAAUCGUUGACACCAAUGGAAUCACAGUUUUUGGAACACGGAUUUUGGACGAAGAAGUUUUUGAGGGGGACAUCCAGCAGUUGUUGAUCAUAGGUGACCCCAAAGCAGCGUACGACUACUGUGAGCAUUACAGCCCAGACUGUGACUCGUCAGCGCCCAAGGCCGCUCAGGCUCAGGAACCUCAGAUCGAUGAGUAUGCACCUGAGGAUAUAAUCGAAUAUGACUAUGAGUAUGGGGAAGCAGAAUAUAAGGAGGCUGAAAGUGUAACAGAGAGACCCACUGUAACUGAGGAGACAAUAGCACAAACUGAGGCAAAUAUUGUUGAUGAUUUCCAAGAAUACAACUAUGGAACUGUAGAAAGCUACCAGACAGAAGCUCCCAGGCGUGUAUCUGGACCAAAUGAGCCAAAUCCAGUUGAAGAAGUAUUUACUGAAGAAUAUCUAACUGGAGAGGAUUAUGACUCCCAGAGGAAAAAUGCCGAGGAUACACUAUAUGAAAAUAAAGGAAUAGACGGCAGGGACUCUGAUCUUCCGGUAGAUGGAGAUUUAGGCGAAUAUGAUUUUUAUGAAUAUAAAGAAUAUGAAGAUAAACCAACAGGCCCCACUAAUGAAGAAUUUGGUCCAGGUGUUCCAGCAGAAACUGAUAUCACAGAAACAAGCAUAAAUGGCCAUGGUGCAUAUGGAGAAAAAGGACAGAAAGGAGAACCAGCAGUAGUUGAACCUGGAAUGCUUAUUGAAGGACCACCAGGGCCAGCAGGACCUGCGGGUCUUAUGGGUCCUCCAGGUCUACAAGGCCCCACUGGACCCCCUGGUGACCCUGGUGAGAGGGGUCCCCCAGGACGUCCUGGCUUACCAGGGGCUGAUGGUUUACCUGGUCCUCCUGGUACCAUGCUAAUGUUACCGUUUCGUUAUGGUGGCGAUGGUUCCAAAGGACCAACCAUCUCUGCUCAGGAAGCUCAGGCUCAGGCCAUUCUUCAGCAGGCUCGGAUUGCUCUGAGAGGUCCACCUGGCCCAAUGGGCCUAACUGGAAGACCAGGUCCUGUGGGCGGGCCUGGUUCAUCUGGAGCCAAAGGUGAGAGUGGUGAUCCAGGUCCUCAGGGCCCUCGUGGUGUCCAAGGUCCGCCUGGUCCAACAGGAAAACCUGGAAAAAGGGGUCGUCCAGGUGCUGAUGGAGGAAGAGGAAUGCCAGGAGAACCUGGGGCGAAGGGGGAUCGAGGAUUUGAUGGACUUCCAGGUCUUCCAGGUGACAAAGGUCACAGGGGUGAACGAGGUCCCCAAGGUCCUCCUGGUCCUCCUGGUGAAGAUGGAAUGAGGGGAGAAGAUGGAGAAAUUGGACCAAGGGGUCUUCCAGGUGAAGCUGGUCCACGAGGCUUGCUGGGACCAAGGGGAACUCCAGGACCUACAGGGCAGCCUGGUAUUGCCGGUGUAGAUGGCCCCCCGGGACCAAAAGGGAACAUGGGUCCCCAAGGGGAGCCUGGACCUCCAGGGCAGCAAGGGAAUCCAGGACCUCAGGGUCUUCCUGGUCCACAAGGUCCAAUUGGUCCUCCUGGUGAAAAAGGACCACAAGGAAAACCAGGGCUUGGGGGACUUCCUGGUGCUGAUGGCCCUCCUGGUCAUCCUGGAAAAGAAGGCCAGUCUGGAGAAAAGGGUGCUCUGGGUCCUCCUGGUCCACAGGGUCCUAUUGGCUACCCUGGUCCCCGAGGAGUAAAGGGAGCAGAUGGUGUUAGAGGUCUCAAGGGCUCUAAAGGUGAAAAGGGUGAAGACGGUUUUCCAGGAUUCAAAGGUGACAUGGGUCUUAAAGGUGAUAGAGGAGAAGUUGGUCAAGUAGGUCCCAGAGGAGAAGACGGCCCCGAAGGCCCCAAAGGUCGAGCAGGUCCAACUGGAGACCCUGGUCCUUCUGGUCAAGCAGGAGAGAAGGGGAAACUUGGUGUUCCAGGAUUACCAGGAUAUCCAGGAAGACAAGGUCCAAAGGGUUCCACUGGAUUUCCUGGGUUUCCAGGUGCCAAUGGAGAGAAAGGUGCACGGGGCGUAGCUGGCAAACCAGGCCCUCGGGGUCAGCGUGGUCCAACGGGUCCUCGAGGUUCAAGAGGUGCAAGAGGUCCCACUGGGAAACCUGGUCCAAAGGGCACUUCAGGCGGUGAUGGCCCUCCUGGCCCUCCUGGUGAAAGAGGCCCUCAAGGACCUCAGGGUCCAGUUGGAUUCCCUGGACCAAAAGGCCCUCCUGGACCACCUGGCAAGGAUGGCCUGCCUGGACACCCUGGGCAACGUGGAGAGACUGGAUUCCAAGGCAAGACUGGCCCUCCUGGACCAGGAGGUGUUGUUGGACCACAGGGACCAACUGGUGAGACUGGCCCAAUAGGUGAGCGUGGACAUCCUGGCCCUCCUGGACCUCCUGGUGAGCAAGGUCUUCCUGGUGCUGCAGGAAAAGAAGGUGCAAAGGGUGACCCAGGUCCUCAAGGUAUCUCAGGGAAAGAUGGACCGGCAGGACUACGUGGUUUCCCAGGUGAAAGAGGUCUUCCUGGAGCUCAGGGUGCACCUGGACUGAAAGGAGGGGAAGGUCCCCAGGGCCCACCAGGUCCAGUUGGCUCACCGGGAGAACGUGGAUCAGCAGGUACAGCUGGCCCAAUUGGUUUGCCGGGGCGUCCAGGACCCCAGGGUCCUCCCGGUCCAGCUGGAGAGAAAGGUGCUCCUGGAGAAAAAGGUCCCCAAGGCCCCGCAGGGAGAGAUGGAGUACAAGGCCCUGUGGGUCUCCCAGGGCCUGCAGGGCCUGCCGGCUCCCCUGGAGAAGAUGGAGACAAGGGUGAAAUUGGUGAACCGGGACAAAAAGGCAGCAAAGGUGACAAAGGAGAAAAUGGUCCUCCUGGUCCCCCAGGUCUUCAAGGUCCAGUUGGUGCCCCUGGAAUUGCUGGAGGUGAUGGUGAGCCAGGUCCCCGAGGUCAACAGGGGAUGUUUGGACAGAAAGGUGAUGAGGGUGCAAGAGGUUUCCCAGGACCGCCCGGUCCCAUAGGUCUUCAGGGUCUGCCAGGCCCACCUGGUGAAAAAGGUGAAAAUGGAGAUGUUGGUCCCAUGGGUCCACCUGGUCCUCCAGGCCCAAGAGGCCCUCAAGGCCCCAAUGGAGCUGAUGGACCACAAGGACCCCCAGGAUCCAUUGGUUCAGUUGGUGGUGUUGGAGAAAAGGGUGAGCCUGGAGAAGCAGGGAACCCAGGGCCUCCUGGGGAAGCAGGCACAGGCGGUCCCAAAGGAGAAAGAGGAGAGAAAGGAGAAGCUGGUCCACCCGGUGCUGCUGGACCUCCUGGUGCUAAGGGACCACCAGGUGAUGAUGGCCCUAAGGGUAACCCGGGUCCUGUUGGUUUUCCUGGAGAUCCUGGUCCCCCUGGGGAACCUGGUCCUGCAGGUCAAGAUGGUGUUGGUGGUGACAAGGGUGAAGAUGGAGAUCCCGGUCAACCGGGUCCUCCUGGUCCAUCUGGUGAGGCUGGCCCACCAGGUCCUCCUGGAAAAAGAGGUCCUCCUGGAGCUGCAGGGGCAGAGGGAAGACAAGGAGAAAAAGGUGCUAAGGGAGAAGCAGGUGCAGAAGGUCCCGCCGGAAAAACGGGCCCAGUUGGCCCUCAGGGACCUGCUGGAAAGCCUGGUCCAGAGGGUCUUCGAGGCAUCCCUGGCCCUGUGGGAGAGCAAGGUCUCCCUGGAGCCGCGGGCCAAGACGGGCCGCCUGGUCCCAUGGGACCUCCUGGCUUACCUGGUCUCAAAGGUGACCCCGGCUCUAAGGGUGAGAAGGGACAUCCUGGUUUAAUUGGCCUGAUUGGUCCUCCAGGAGAACAAGGUGAAAAGGGUGACAGAGGACUCCCUGGAACUCAGGGAUCUCCGGGAGCAAAGGGAGAUGGAGGAAUUCCAGGUCCUGCUGGUCCCAUAGGACCACCUGGUCCUCCAGGCUUACCGGGUCCUCAAGGUCCAAAGGGUACCAAAGGGUCUACAGGACCUGCUGGCCAGAAAGGUGACAGUGGUCUUCCAGGGCCUCCUGGGCCUCCAGGUCCCCCUGGUGAAGUCAUUCAGCCUUUACCAAUCUUGUCACCCAAAAAAACAAGAAGACAUACUGAAAGCAUGCAAGCAGACACAGGUGAUAAUAUUCUUGAUUACUCUGAUGGAAUGGAGGAAAUAUUUGGUUCCCUCAAUUCCCUGAAACAAGACAUCGAGCAUAUGAAGUUUCCAAUGGGUACUCAGACCAACCCAGCCCGAACUUGCAAAGACCUGCAACUAAGCCAUCCUGAUUUCCCAGAUGGUGAAUAUUGGAUUGAUCCUAACCAAGGUUGCUCAGGAGAUUCCUUCAAAGUUUACUGUAAUUUCACGUCUGGUGGCGAGACUUGCAUUUAUCCAGACAGAAAAUCUGAGGGAGUGAGAAUUUCAUCAUGGCCAAAGGAGAAACCAGGAAGCUGGUUUAGUGAAUUUAAGAGAGGAAAACUGCUUUCAUAUUUAGAUGUUGAAGGCAAUUCCAUUAACAUGGUGCAAAUGACAUUCCUGAAACUGCUGACUGCCUCUGCUCGGCAAAAUUUCACCUACAACUGUCACCAGUCAGUAGCCUGGUAUGAUGUGUCAUCGGGAAGCUACGACAAAGCACUUCGAUUCCUGGGAUCAAAUGAUGAGGAGAUGUCCUAUGACAAUAACCCUUACAUCAAAGCGCUGUACGAUGGCUGUGCGUCCAGAAAAGGCUAUGAAAAGACUGUGAUUGAAAUCAACACACCGAAAAUUGAUCAAGUACCUAUUGUUGAUGUAAUGAUCAACGACUUUGGUGAUCAGAAUCAGAAGUUUGGAUUUGAAGUUGGUCCUGUUUGUUUUCUUGGCUAAGAUUAGGACAAAGAACAUAAGAAAUCAACAGAAAUUAUACCUUGGUGCCACCAAUCCAUUUUAUGCCACAUGCAAGUUUUGAAUAAGGAUAAUAUAGAAAACAACUUGCUAAGUAUAUGUGUACCAAUUAGGAAAUACUGAUGCCCUUGCGGGGGCAGAAUCACAUGACAAAAGGUUUGAAAAUCAUAAAAAUAUAAGAUAGUGUGGCUGAGAUGGAAACAGGCCUUAUUUUUUAUUCCCCAUUUUCAUCUCUUCUUUCCCUAUUUGGAUUUCUUUGGUGCUAUAGAAAAAGAAAAGAGAGAAAAAUAUAUAUUCAUAAAAGAUAUGGUGCUCAUUCCCAUCCAUUAAGGAUGUGCUAAAACAGUGUGUUUAAUAAAUUGUAAUUAUUUUGUGUACAGCUCUAUACUGUCCAUUUCCAAAACUUGCACGUGCCUCUGAAUUCCAUCUGACUCUAACUUUAUGACAAUUGCAGAACUAUGAUGGCAAUAAAUAUAUGUAUGAUGAAAAAAUAAAGUUGUAAUUUCUGAUGACUCUAAUUCCCUUUCUUUGAUUAAUAAUAAAAUGCCUUUGUAUA